AUGUUUUUCGCGUAUGGGCAGACAAUUCCGACAAUACGCGGUGCUGGGAUCCACCAGCUGGGCAUGGAGAUUGCGCUGCAGAGACUACGCGAGAACCGGUGGGUCCAUGUGUUCCCCGAGGGCAAGGUCAACCAGGACGAUAGUCUUCUCCGCUUAAAGUGGGGCGUUGGCCGGCUGAUCAUGGAGUCGGAUCGCGUUCCGAUAGUUGUGCCCAUGUUCCACCACUGGAAUGAAGGAGGUCAUGCCGCUGCGGCAGAAGGUACCACUGCCGUACCCGAAUCCCAUGAAGAGCGUCUUUUAUCUCAGGAUUGGCGAUGCUGUCGAUUUCACCCAGCAGGUUGA